AUGGCAGAAUAUUUGGCAUCAAUUUUCGGUACAGAGAAAGAUAAGUAAGUCGAAUGUUCAAAUUUAUCAUUCAAUAGCAUUCUCCAAACAAAUAUCAAUGGUGUUAUUUCUCUUUAUUUUUAGAGUAAAUUGUUCGUUUUAUUUCAAAAUCGGUGCCUGCCGGCAUGGAGACAGAUGCUCGCGAAUUCAUAACAAGCCAACUUUUAGUCAGGUAAAAAUAUUUUACUUAACCUAUUUAUUUUUUCCAAGCUCCUUAAUAUUAUUAAAUAAUAUUGUACUGUUCUGCGCAUCUUACAUGAGAAUUUUGUUUUUUGAUCUCAAUUAUUUAAUAUAGUUGUGCAAAUAUAAAUACAUUUAUUCAUGUGAAUUAUUAUCUUAAUUGUUUCAGACAUGUUUGUUGCAAAACCUUUAUGUGAACCCUCAAAAUUCAGCAAAAAGUGCAGAUGGAUCUCAUUGUAAGUAUAUCAUAAAUUAAACUUCUACCGAUAUAUUCACACAUAUUAAAAAUCAUAAUUCUUAUAAUUAUUAUCAAUAAACAUUAUUUUACAGUGGUUGCAAAUGUGUCUGAUGAAGAAAUGCAAGAACAUUAUGACAACUUUUUUGAGGAUGUCUUUGUUGAGUGUGAAGAUAAGUACGGUGAAAUAGAAGAAAUGAAUGUGUGCGAUAAUCUUGGGGAUCACUUAGUUGGGAAUGUUUACAUUAAAUUUCGACGAGAAGAAGAUGCGGAAAGAGCUGUGAAUGACUUAAAUAACAGAUGGUUUGGUGGGAGACCAGUUUACGCUGAACUUUCUCCAGUUACUGAUUUUAGAGAAGCUUGUUGUCGUCAAUAUGAAAUGGGCCUAUUUCACGAGAAUUACGACGUUAUUUAUAUAGCCGAAAAAAGGGUAAAGGACGAUCAAGAUCACGUUCGCGAUCACGCGGCCGUGAUCGCAAACGAAGAUCACGAUCUCGUGACAGAAGAUCCAGAUCCAAAGACCGUCGAAAAGGUAGAGAUGACAAAGGUAGAGAUGGACGAUCUGGAAGGUAUUAAUUAUGUUAUUUUUCAAUUGUAAUAAUCCUUCAUAAUAAAACGAUUUAAAUUUACUUGUCACUCUAAUGGCUGUUUUAUCAAAAAUAUGUUUGCUAAAAUUUUCACAAAUAUUUAUCAAAAUUGUAUUUCAUUUCUAAACAUAUUGAAUUCCUUUAAACAAUAAAUACAAAAAAAAGAUGGAAUAUAUACUUUUCUCAAAACAAACUUUUAUAUAUACAUAAAUACUUGGGAAAAAAGAUGAACUGAUAUAUAAUUACCUAAUACAUAAUUAUGAAAUUAAUCAUAGUGAAGAUUAUUGCAUUUUUAAAUAUUACAUACUGAUAUCAAUUUCUUUUUAAUAAUUUAAAUUUGUAAAAUAGAUAUACUUUCUUUCAAUGUAAAAUGAAUUCUGAUUUCUAACGAAUCAUUAAAUCUUUAUAUAUAAACAUCAUAAUUGUAUAAAAUGAUCGCAGUAUAAAAGAAAUUUUGCAUGUGUAAUGAUAAAAAUAGAAAAAUCAGAAAAUUACGUAUCCUUAUUUUUAAAUACAUUUGCGAACUUGAAUGUUAAUAUGUAAUACUAGCACACUAAUAAUAUUAAAACACAAAAAAAUAAUUUUUAUAUACUUCAAAUUAUAUUUAGCAUUACUUCCAGCAGGAAGCAAUAAUUAUUACAGUAUACAAAAAACUAUAUUGAACCUUCACGAUAUAAAAAUAAAUAAAAAAUCCUUUGUAUUUGUAUUCAUUUGUAAUAGGCCAAAUUGCUAUAUUAAACUCUAGCAAAAUUUCUAAUUAUUUUUUUUACAUUUUAUUACAAGAAUACAAGUACAAAAACUUACUGGGAUAUAUAA